AUGAUUGGUUUGCCAGACCUGAAGCGGGAAGCAACCCAGAGCCAUAUAGAGAGCUUAGGAUCCGCCAUUGCUGUAAAACAGAAUAAAACAAAAUACAAAGGUCAAUUGGGACAUUUAUUAUUGAGAAUUGAGUCAACCAUUGCGCAACCAGAAGAGGAUUUCCCCGUUAGCUGUCGUUAUGAAAAGAGAUCCUCGAUAUUGAUGACCUCUACUGGAACGUGUAUGCAAGAGUCUACUGCACUAUCGAGUCUUGGACAUGCAUCGGCCUCUGAAAGAGAUAAACAGCGGCAGCAAGAUGAUGUUGAACAUCAGAGUGAAACUACACAUGUGGCAUCAGAGGUGGACUGCCUCCAGGACAGUUUUGAGGAGAUGGAGGUCACCACCAUUGACGAGGACGAAUGCACCAGUGUGAAGAACAGACUAUCUGACUUGGAUAGUGAUUUGGGAAAUGUCGUAGAAACAACUCAGCUGAGUGCUCCGGGAGCGGAUGACAGCUGUGAUGAAGACGUCUACGUACCAAUACUUCCUCAGAGGUCCACAACGUCCGAACUGUUACUGGAAUGUGAGGAAGAGGAGCUGGAGCCAUGGCAGAAACAAACUCCACAUGUUCACUUGAAACAUGAGGAUGAUGUUGGAGAGUUGAGUAAUGAUCAAACAGAUUGUAAGCCGGAGCCUUCACUUCUUCAGAGAAAUGCAGGGAGUACUUCACCACCUAAACUGAAAACACCAACUCCACAGCCUGUUGUCUUCAACAGCCAAGGCUUCAUUGUGGCUUCUCCCCAAUUAACAAGCAAUACUGAGUUCAGUGGCUCUCUCGGGACACAGCGCCGUGCCGGGAAUUCAUUUACAAUAGUGCCAGGUAAAAGUGAGGAUCGCUCUGCGGAGACUUUUCAGUCAUUUUUCCUCCUCUUUUCAAUGACUGUGUAAUGUGCCUCGUGUUUCUAUGAUUAUGCCAUUUUUUGGCAUAUAUAUAUACAUACAUAUAUACACAUAUAUACAUAUAUAUAUGCAUAUAUGCAUACAUAUAUAUGCAUACAUAUAUAUAUGCAUACAUAUAUAUACAUAUAUGCAUGCAUACAUACAUAUACAUGCAUGCAUGCAUACAUGCAUAAAAAACCUAGAAUAGAGCCCUGGGGUACUCCGACAUGACGACUGAGACUGGGUGACACCUUAUCCUUGAUCCUCACGCUGGUUUUCUGUUUUUUAUGUAGGAUUUGAACCAGCAUAAAACAGCAGAACAAAGUAAGAAGAAUGAUUAACUGUUCUUAAGACGAGAGCUCCCCUCUGAUCGAGUUUAGCUUUAAUCUUUUCAACAAGAUAACAACUGGCUGUAGUAGCUGGAUGUGCUCUGAAACCGAACUGCAUUGGGUCUAGAGUAAAAUCACUGUUUUCAAGAUGACUGAUCCAUUGUGCUACUACCUUUGACGAUACAGGAAGAAUACUUAUAGGUCUGUAAUUAUUCAUACAGGUUGUAUCACCCCCUUUAAAAACAGGUGCAAUUACAGCCGAUUUCCAGGCCGCAGGAGGGAUGCAUUAAUAACCUUACAGACAGGAUAGGGAAAAGACUCUUUAAACCUCUUUAGGAGCAUGGUGUCCAUUUCAAACACAGUGCUUUACCACUAAGCCUCCCUGUCAGUGUUUUUAGGUGUUACCUAAUUGCUGUAGUAUCACCCUUUGCUUCACUUAUCACAUCAAUAAAAUAUUUAGCUUUUCUUUAGAGAUCUUGUUCCUCGACAUAACAUUUUUUUGUCUGUCAGCAUUUCAUUGCUGCUUUAAGAGCACUAUCCCUUUCCUUCAUUUGUUUCCAGUGUAUUUAUUUAGAUAAUAAUCAAAUCUCCCUCAUUUAAUCACAUUGGCUCCCUGCUUGUGGAACAGGAGCAUCUAGCAGGACCAAAAUGCCCUGGUACUCAUCCAGAAUGUAAAGGCUUACAUUACAGGUCAGACAUGUUUUAGGAAUAAGUAAACAUUAUAUCCAAAUGUCUGAGCUACAGGAGCUUUAGAGAGUUACAUUCAGAAAAAUUACACCCAAAGACUAAAACCUCUUGUAUUAAAGAUUUAUUUACAUAACAAACAGGAAAACACUGACUCGGACCCAGUUGUUUAUAGAUCUCUGAGGGAAAUGUGUCCUAAGAGGAACACUAUUUUUAAAGGAAUGUAUUUAAAACCAACGGGGGCGGGGGGGUUACAUUUACAGUGCCAUCAUAGACAUAGAUGCAUUUACAGACUUGCUCUACAGAUACUGUAUAUACAAGUGAAAUACCUUUUUAAAAACCUAUGAAAUUAACAAUGACUUGAGAUAUUAAGUCACAUAAAGUAAACUAUAUAUUGUAAUAAAUAUUCCCAAAGCUGCAGGGAAUUAGCUUUUUUUUGUUUUGUUUUUUUACCCUAAAUGCAAAAUAAAAGGAAACUUGAUCAACCAGCAGGGACGUAAAAAUUGGUUGACAGAUUUCAUCAAGUUGAAGUGUCGUGCUGAGUUCCUCCACCAAAGCUAACGUGUACACAUUUCUUUUACAAACUGCCACUUUAAACACAGUUAAAAGAAGAUAAAAUAUACUUGAAUACAGUGGUAUAUGUAUAUUAUUUCACUUACUCCUCAAAUAGUUGUGGUAAUUUUCCACCUAAUGCCCCCUACCACUGCUUAAUUUGACUUUGUUUUAUCCAAACCACACUUUUCACAAAAGGUGACAUCCUUUGUCUAAGGAAACAAAAUUUUACACUAGUAUUCUCUAUACAAGUACAACUAUAUUUCUUAAUGGUUUAAAUCAUCUUUGAGUGUUGAGACAUAAGUUACUCUGUGAUGUUCAAAACCAGAUAACCACAAACCAGGGAUUUUCUGUAGAUAAUGUAUACAUCUAAUGUACGUUUGUUUUUGGUAUAGCAACCUCAAAUUUAAUAUAAAGGGAGCAGCUUAGCGAUUACAUCUAAAAGAAAAUAUGACGAUGAUUGAAAUCGAUGUUUGUGACUUAAAAA